AUGGGUGCAGCGUAUUCGAAACCUACGUCGCCCAAGUCGGAGGAGGUGGCGACUCCCACCGACGUUUCCGUCUGCGAUACUGUGCGGAGGUUCUUCAGCGAGUUGGAGCCUGAGGAGAAGCGCAAUUUGGUGAUGGGUGGGUGCGCCAUGGUGGUGAACGCGGCUACCAACAUGCUCUACCCCAAGAUCAUUGGCAACAUCAUCGACUCGGGGAGCACCGGACAAGUAUUCGGCCCGGUGUCGUGGCUGCCCGGCUGUCAUAAGAGGGUGCCUCCUCUUGACGGGGACGAGGUCCUCAGCAUAAACUGCCCAUACGCCAUGUUCAAAAUGCUUUUCUGCUCCGCACUGCCCUUGUACGCAGUCGGCAGUGUGGCGUCAUGGGUUCGCGUCUCCAGCAUGAACCACGCCAUCUACUUGAUACAGAAGCGUUCACGCAAGAAGAUGUUCGAAAAGAUGCUAAUGCAGGGAGCGCCAUUCUUCCACACCCGCGCGUCGGGACUGCUUAUCGCGAAGCUGCUUAACGACUGUGAGGAGGGACCUAAGGCCAUGGUCGAGAACGCAUUCACCUUCCUGCGGUGCUGCAACUCUGUGAUUGGCGGUACCAUCAACCUGAUCAGCAUUUCUCCCUGUCUCACUGCAGUCACCAUGACCUGCAUUCCGCUCUUUGGGCUUUUCAUCAUCGGCUACUCCUCAAUCAUCAAGCGCUGCCAGCGCCAGCGGAAGGAGCUGCUGGACGACGCCAUCGGCCAGGCCGAGGAGGUCAUCAGCGGCAUCGAGAGCGUCAUGAACUUCGGGAAAGAGACCGACGAAAUCGCAACGUUCUCAUACGCCCUGGAUCGGUGCGACAGCGUUUCUAGGCGCGUCUGCAAUUCGGAGGGCGUGUUGAUGGGCUCCAUUCUGGCGGGGUUCAACCUAUCCACGCUGAUAAUGCUCUACUGCGGCUCUUACAGGAUGAAGUCAGGUGACAUUUCCGUCGGCAACAUGGCAUCGUUCAUCCUCUACGGUGCGCUAUUCGGGCUAGGUGUCUCCGGUCUGUCGAAGGCAAGUUUUAUGCAUGAAUGGUCAAUCACUAUUGAACAGAUCACAUCUGACGUGUCGAAGGCGGCAGUGUCCCUUCAGCGAAUAUAUGAAAUUCACGACCUGGAAGAUCAGGAAGAUGACGGUGACAUCCUGGACAAUGUACGGGGUGACCUAGAGUUCGACAAUGUGUCUUUCUCGUACGGCACUCGCGCCGACACGCCAGUGCUGCGGGAUAUGUCCCUCAAGAUCGAAGCGGGUGAGGUGGUAGCCAUCGUUGGGGCCAAUGGCAUGGGAAAAAGCACCACGGCCAACCUGCUGACCACACUCUACAAGCCCACCGGAGGUCGUGUUCUGCUGGAUGGGAUUGAUGUGCAGAAGUUGAACUCUCGCUGGCUGCGCAGCAAGGUGUUCACCGUUGUGACGCAGGACCCUCUGCUCUUCUCGAUGUCUAUUGCGCAAAACCUGCGAUAUAGCAACGAGGACGUCUCCGACGAGGAAAUGAAGGCUGCAACCCGCUACUGUGAGAUACAAGAGUUCAUCGAGUCGCUGCCAUCGGGGUACGACGAGACAGUAGGUCAGCGCGGGGCGCUCCUGUCUACGGGGCAGAAGCAACGCAUCGGUCUAGCGCGAGCGUUGCUCAGAGACACGCCGUGCCUGAUAUUGGACGAGGCGAUGUCUGCCCUGGACGGCUCGUCAGAGGAUCUCGUGCGACGCAUCAUCAACCGGUUGAUGGAGGCUGCGAAGAUAGGCGAUGGGAGAGUCGCAAUUCAGGUUACAGUGGCCGACAGCUACCACGUCAGCGGCGGCCCCUUCUGCUGCUUCGUGAGAGUUGCUCCUGUCGAAUCGCAGUGGUCAGACGACGACCCGCCUGUUUCCGUAGACUUCAUAUCGUUGAAUGUGUACGGCAUUGUGUCUUUUAGCAAUCGGUUAUUCACACCGUCGAAGAUCCAGAACAAUCUGCACUUUGGCUUCCUCAAAGAAGCUCGCAGAAGGUUGAAGCCAAAUGAGGGAGCUCACCUCAUUUGCGCGUCCGACGCUGUGCUGUUCCACACAUGCACAGAAAUCGAUCGGACGUCGCCUGAAUCGUACUACAGAUAUACCUGCACGAUACCACCAUUCGUGCCGCCGACUGUCGACGGGGAGAACAUAUCGUGCAACUACUACGUAGAUGUGACGGUACAGCACAGCUCCAACCGCCUGUCUCUGCAGCGACAAACGCUCCACCGCCGGCUUGAGUUUCGAGUACAGGGGUCGAUUUACCCUGAGUCUUCAGGCGUACCCACUCUUGACGAUGCGUUAUAUCCGUUCCUCCCGAAAAAGGGAGGCUACACCCUUGACGGUGGCCGAGUCGACGAGGCAAUUCUGCCCAGAGUGUGCCAGGAUAUCACCAGUGGAAACUAUGGGCGACAAAACAUGCUCUUCGAUUAUGAGUCGAUGCUCGUUCGUCUAGAGGCAGAAUCGCCACCGACAGAUAUAUCGAAGGACCAGUCACCUGAUGCGUUUCUGCUGUCGAGGGACCUGAACGCCUUUUGGCACGUCUGGGACACCAUGAACGGAUCGGGGUUUCUGCAUGAACCCGAAGAAUCGUACGUGCUGCGCAGGUAUAACGGAUUUGUGGAGCAGUUCACGGAACUGGUAUUGAACGACACAACUGGAAAGGAGUUAGAGAAGUACCGCCCUUGGUUCGGGAGCAUGCUUCAGAUCAUGGAGCCAUCGGGUGGCCGGGGGCAGGCGGGCGGCGGCCGCCAUGAGGCCCUUCGUAACUUCUACAAGGUUGUUGAGGAACGCAUCGAACAAUUGCAAGGCACAACCAUGGACAACCUGCGCCGUACUGCAGGGGACUCUCUGGAAAUGCAGUACGAGCAGGCAGCGGACGGUUCGAAUAAAGUCAUGAACUUUUCGCUCGAGGGACGGAAGCUGUGCACGUGUAAUCUACAGGGAUUCGGGCAGCUAAGGGGAGCGCAAGAGUUCACUCUGCCAACCAACUCUUGGUUCACUGUCCAUUUCGACUUUCCCGACGCAUUCAGAUGCCUCCAGGUGGAUGUCAACCUGGUUCGUUUUGACGUUGCGGGCACUCAGGAGCAAGUGACGUCCGAGGUGAGCGUCGUGCAGAGGUCGCUGUACACCCUGGGGAAGACGCAAUCUAGCGUCACACUGUUCGUCCCUAUGCACACGACGCCGACGUUCAUCUCCAGCUUCCUCGCUGUAUCCUACAAAUUGGAACUCCGGUUCAGCUACUAUGCCGAAGCAAUCAACACUUUGCAAGAGGACACAGCGAGGGCUGGACUCAGCAGGCUGCGCAUGUUGAAGUGGGAUCAUUCGGUGCGACUGCUGCAGAGCGAGUCGGUACGUCUCCAGUCACGGUGUUUCAGGAAAGAUGAGCCUGCAUCCAUGGAGCGAACUCUGCAGCUGGCGCGUGCGCUGUGCGACCGUCCGAACACCACCGGGCUGAUGCGCGGAGCGCCGGCCCUCUCGACCACAUUUAAUAUAGUAUGA